AUGGCUUCACUUACACAGGGUCGGCCCUCUCGCCGCUCAGCUUCCCGCAGGAGUUACGCUAUCGAAGAGACGUCCGAAUCAGAGGAUGCUGGCAAUGUGACACCCACGGCUUCGACGCAUGAUGAUGACGAUGAGGAAGAGGAAGAGGAGGAUUACACCCCAGUCCCCAGGAAGACAAAACGAGUGUCGCGGAGCCAUGUCAAGGCUGAGCCAUCGACGCCCUCUACUGCGCGGCCGGCGCGCAAAUCUCGGCCAUCGGUGGCAGACGACUCAGACGCAUCGCAGGUCACCGACACGGACGAAAACGACGAAAAUGAUGAAGGAGCCAGCCUGGUAUCUGUGGAGGCUGAUCCCGAAUCUCCUUCCAAUAACGCAGCAUUGAAGAGAAAGAGUAUUGAGGCUGUGGACGCGGAUCCCAAUUCGCCGUCCAACCAGGCGGCAUUGAAAAGACAUAGUAUGUCUCAUCCCCGCAAGAGCCGUGGCUCAACUACGUCUAUGUCGGUCAAGGGCUCACUUCCCACUCCAGAGCCAUCCGCAUCGCCAGAACCUGAAGCGCGAGCUCAUCGGGAAAGUGUACCGCCUCUGUCCGACAUUACCGAAUCCGCCGUCAACCAGUCCCCAUCGAAACAGCCGGAAGAGCCCAAAUCCCAGGUCUCUUACAUCAAUCCCAACUCUACAGUAUUGGAAAAGCCUAUGGAUAUAGUCAUGAAAUCGAGAAAUGUGGCUGCUCCAGCCCCGGAGGAGCCUGCAGAGGCCAAGCCUCGGAUGAUCAUCCAGAAUUUGAUUUUGACCAACUUCAAGAGUUAUGCUGGACAGCAGAUUGUUGGUCCAUUCCAUGCAUCCUUCUCAUCCGUGGUUGGACCAAACGGAUCGGGAAAGUCCAACGUUAUUGAUUCCCUUCUUUUUGUGUUUGGCUUCCGUGCUAGCAAGAUGCGACAGGGCAAAAUCUCGGCCUUGAUUCACAAUUCAGCUCAGCACCCCAACCUACCUUUCUGCGAAGUAGAGGUCCACUUCGAGCAAGUUCUCGACCUGCCAGACGGCGGCCACGAAGUCAUCCCAGAUUCCCACUUGGUUAUUUCUCGACGCGCAUUCAAGAACAACAGCAGCAAAUACUACAUGAACAAAAAGGAGACAAACUUUACUGCGGUCACCACCUUCCUCCGUGACCGCGGCAUUGAUCUUGAUCACAAGCGGUUCUUGAUCUUACAAGGUGAAGUCGAGUCCAUUGCCCAGAUGAAAGCGAAAGCCACCGGCGAGCAUGACGAAGGUCUUCUCGAAUAUCUGGAAGACAUCAUUGGAACUUCAAAGUACAAGACUCCGAUCGACGAGGCAGCCACCGAGUUGGAGUCUAUGAACGACGUGUGCGCGGAGAAGAACAAUCGAGUGCAACACGUCGAGAAAGAGAAGACUGCGCUCGAGGACAAGAAGAACAAGGCUCUGGCGUACAUUCGAGACGAAAACGAGUUAUCUGAAAAGCAAUCAGCGCUCUACCAGAUCUACAUCGAUGAGUGUGCAGAUAAUGUCCGCGUCACCGAGGAAGCAAUCCUCCAGAUGCAGGAGCUCUUAAACAUGGAGCUCGAGAAGCACGAAGGAAACGAAUCGGGCAUCAAGGAACUUGAGAAAGCCUACAAGCGUGGAGUCCGGGAAUACGAGACCAUGGAGAAAGAAGCGCAGGGCUUGCUAAAGGAAAUGGCCAAGUACGACAAGGAAUCAGUCAAAUUCGAGGAGAAGAAAAAAUUCUUGGUUGGCAAGCAGAAGAAGCUCGAAAAGACCAUGCAAACAAGCCGUCUGGCUGCUUCUGAGUGUCAGAGUUUGGUCGAAAAGUUCAGUGACGACAUCGAGAAAAAGACUAGAGAGACUACUGAGUUCGAAAAGGAGAUGAAGUCAGAGGAGGAAGAGCUGAACUCUAUUCGUGAAAGUCUCAAAGGAAAGACUCAAGGCCUCUCUGACCAAAUCGCCACGAAACAGAAGUCUCUCGAGCCUUGGAACGAGAAGAUCAACAAGAAGCAAUCUGCCGUCGCUGUCGCCCAGAGUGAGCUGGAUAUUCUUCGCGAGCGGAGCAAUGCUGGUGCCGUUCUGCUCGAGGAAGCACAUGGCAAGAUCGCCUCCAUCGAGGAGACGUUGCAGAGCAAGCAAACCGAUCUUGAGGAACGUCAAGCUCAAAAGGAAACCCUGGAAGGCGAGGUGGAGAAGCUGAAGCACGACCUGAAAAAGUACGUCGCCCGUGAACCCGAGGUUCGUUCGCAUGUCUCAAGUGCUCGUCAGAAGGCAGACGAAGCACGAGUCAGCCUUGCAAGUACCCAGAACCGUGGAAGUGUUUUGACAGGAUUGAUGCGACUCAAGGAAUCUGGUCGCAUUGAUGGAUUUCACGGCCGUCUGGGUAACUUGGGUACUAUCGAUGAGAAGUAUGAUGUCGCCAUUUCUACCGCCUGCCCAGCUCUCGACAAUAUGGUCGUGGAGACCGUGGAGGUCGGCCAACACUGUAUCGAUUAUCUGCGCAAGAACAACCUUGGUCGCGCCAACUUCAUUCUCCUGGACCGUUUGCCUCGCCGUGAUAUGUCCUCCAUUUACACACCGGAAAGCGUUCCCCGGCUCUUUGACCUUGUUCAGCCCAAGGACCCGAAGUUUGCACCAGCUUUUUACAGUGUCAUGCAGAACACAUUGGUUGCCAAGGACCUUGAACAAGCAAACCGUAUCGCUUAUGGUGCUCGACGUUGGCGUGUAGUCACAUUGGAUGGACAACUCAUUGACGUGUCUGGAACAAUGAGUGGUGGUGGUACUCGUGUCGCACGGGGUGGUAUGUCCUCAAAGCAAGUCGCAGAUACCACCAAGGAACAGGUCACCCGCCUGGAAGCAGACCUCGAGGAGUUGGAACGUAAAUUCCAAGCCUUCUCGGAAAAGCAGAGAAAUGUUGAAUCUCAGAUUCGUGAGAAGUCUGACGAGAUCCCGCGGGUCGAGACCAAGAUUCAGAAGAUCCUGAUCGAGAUCGACAGUUCUAAGCGCAGCCUUGCAGAUGCUCAGCGACGAGUGAAAGAGAUUAGUGCGGAGCACAAACCAUCCAAGACCGAUGCCACACAGGCGACUACUCUCGAAAAGCAAAUCGAAGCCAUUAAUGACGAGAUCGAAGAUCUGAACAGUCAGAAGAGUGGUAUCGAGGAAGAGAUCCAGACCUUACAAAACAAGAUCAUGGAAGUCGGUGGUGUGCGUCUUCGUGGACAGAGAGCCAAGGUUGAUGGCUUGAAGGAACAAAUUGGCUUGUUGGCCGAUGAAAUUUCCAAUGCCGAAGUACAAAAGUCUAAGAACGAGAAGCUUAUCACAAAGCACUCCAAGGCUCGUGAUGGAGCAGAAAAGGAGCUCAACCAAAUCGCUGAAGACUUGGAAAAGCUAGAGGAGGAUGUUGAAAAACAAGCAAAUGAUGCUUCUGGCUGGAGACAAAAGGCCGACGAGGCUGAAUUGGCCCUUGAGACGAAGAAGGAAGAGCUUAAGGCUCUGAAGGAUGAACUCGACGAGAAGGUGGCCGAGCUCAACGCGACACGGGCCACUGAGAUCGAAAUGCGCAACAAGCUGGAGGAGAACCAAAAGGCUCUCUCAGAAAACCAAAAGCGCAGUCGUUACUGGGAAGAGAAGCUUGCGAAGCUUUCCUUGCAGAACGUCAGUGACUUGGGUGAAGAGCAAGAAUCUACUGAACUCCAGAUGUACACCAAGGACGAGUUGGACGCGAUGAACAAGGAGUCAUUGAAAGCAGUCAUUGUAGCAUUGGAAGAGAAGGUUCAGAACGCCUCUGUUGAUCUGGCUGUCAUCGAAGAGUACCGUCGCCGCGCUGCUGAGCAUGAAUCGCGUUCUGCAGACUUGGCCACGGCUUUGGCAUCCCGGGACGGCGCAAAGGCUCGCCUUGACGGUCUUCGGUCCGCUCGUUUGAAUGGUUUCAUGGAAGGAUUCGGUAUCAUUUCUCUUCGUCUGAAGGAGAUGUACCAGAUGAUCACCAUGGGUGGUAAUGCCGAGCUGGAGCUUGUUGACUCACUGGAUCCUUUCUCAGAGGGUAUUCUUUUCUCUGUCAUGCCACCAAAGAAGAGUUGGAAGAACAUUGGAAACCUGUCUGGUGGUGAGAAGACACUAUCCAGUUUGGCCCUUGUGUUUGCGCUUCACCAUUACAAGCCUACCCCACUUUACGUUAUGGACGAGAUUGAUGCUGCCUUGGAUUUCCGAAAUGUUUCUAUCGUUGCUUCUUAUAUCAAAGAGCGAACAAAGAAUGCUCAGUUCAUUGUCAUUUCUUUGAGAAACAACAUGUUCGAACUUGCUUCUAGGCUUGUCGGAGUUUACAAGGUCAACCAUAUGACCAAGAGUGUUACAAUCGAGAACAGAGACUACAUUGAGGGCCGGUAA